AUGCGAACACUGAACAUGGUUCGACUUUCGUUCAGCGACGACAGUGAGACACCGGUGAAUUCAACUCCCAUUGUCAAAACAAACUCUACAACGGAGACGUCAGAUGGCGAUGACUGCUUCAAAGCACUUCCUAUUACUCCAACGACAGACGAUACCGAGUACGAUACGAUUGGUACACCGCGGCUCACACAUAAUCCAUGUCAAGCAGGAACGUGCUCCGGGGGAUGCUUGGCCGCCUCCAUAAUCACCUCGUUGUCCAGCACCAAGUCGAAUACGUUGGCGUACGUAGUUCUACAAAUUUCUUAG